UUAACAUCGAAAUGUAAAGCUGGAAGUGUGACACGUUUUUGUGACGGGCUUCCAGUGUGUAAUCGUAAACUUUUCAGUUUCGUAAAGUAGUAGUCACUAGUCAGGUGUAAACAAAAGAACAGUGAUGUGUAUGGAUGAUGCAGCCGGUAGAUUGAGAAAUUUUGCGUUGUUUACUAAUACAAAUAGUAGUGAUUUAGGACAGACACAUUAUUUUGAGGUUCUUAUGGAGUUAAUACUGACAUAAAAGGAUGGCGCAGUGCAAAACAUAUGACAAUACUAAUAAUGAACUGACAGAAGACGGAGAUGAAGAAAUAGGAGAAUUCUAUUUUGAGUCUGAUGCUGUUGCUCUUAAAGGGAAUCAAGAUUAUAUGAACCUUCUCAGGUCCUUGGCAAUACUAGAAGCCCAGCGAACGAAGUUAAUUAAGGAUUACGAUAAAAUAUUGUUACUAAAAGAAGCAGUCUUGAAAGAUCCAUUAACAUUUGUUGAGAAACUGCAAGCUGGAUGGAUACCACCACUUCCUGAUAGAAUGUUCAUUGAUGAGGUUCCAAAUAUUGAUUGGAGUAAAUAUGGUAUAGCACCUGAUAGUGAACUGCUAAAACCUCAAGAUAGUAACCUUUGUGACGUAUCUCAGAAUGACAUAGAAGAUGAAAAUGAGAAAAUACGUGUAAGAGGGAGAAUAUUUGAUGAAACAAAGCCUGAGACUUUCAACAAGCUUUGGUCACAUGAGGAACAGCAUCGUUUGGAAGAACUUUUAGUUAAAUAUCCAUCUGAGGAAAAUGAAACUAAUAGAUGGAGAAAAAUUGCAGCUGAAUUGGGCACCCGUACCCCAAAGCAAGUGUGCAGCCGUGUGCAAAAGUAUUUUCUGAAGCUUCAGCGUGCGGGACUGCCUAUUCCUGGGAGAAUACCGAAGACACCUUUACAGUAUGAACUACUGAAGAAGCCAUCUCACAAACAUCAGAGGCAUAAUCAUAUGUCAUUGAGACCAACAACAUUUUUCCCUUUGUGGAACCCACCUGUCUACAUGACAGAUACAAAUGAAGACAGUUGUAGUGUGAUACCAAGUCCUGCUGAACCGACCACAGCUUCUCCUUCUGUUACGCAUAGCAGUGAAGACAACAGUAGCAGUAACUCUGAUUUGGGUAUGGAGAAACCUCAACAGGAUGUGGCAAAUAAUGAAGAAUAUAGCAGUUUACAGUUGCUGAUACGGGUCAGACAGGAGAAAGCAUUACAGGAUGUCAGUGUAAUGCAUCAAGGUUACAAGUGUCGAGAAUGUGGUGAAAUACCAAUCUGUGGAACACGUUGGCACUGUACAGACUGCCCAACGGACCUAUGUACAGACUGUGUUGCUGCUCCUUUGGUGGACCCUCGGAUUCCUCUGAGACAUUCAUUAAGCCAUACACUUGUGACUGUGAAAACUGCUGUCCCUUCGCCAUGUGCCCAAGAUGAAGACAGCAAUUCUCAAACAUUUGUCCCACAAGCUUAUCUCGAUCCUAACUUUUUACCACAAUAGGCAGUCGAGUUGUUUGUGUCUGUUGGUGUGCAAAUGUAAUGGUUGCAUGCUAUUAUUAUUUAUUUGCUCAUAUAUAAAUUGCUAGCUGCAGUUGUGAAAAACUGCAAUUUUUUUAGAUAUUAUGUAAUAACUGGUUAGAAUUCUCUUUGGUGUGUGUG